GAAUCGUUGAUCUUUCAAUUAGCUUGGAAUAAACCCGGCUCAGUGUCUUGUUAGUUGUUGAAGGUAUCUACGCCACGGAAUAGGACAUCCUGUCCCGGAGACAUCGCACACAAGCGAAUUUCAUACCGUUCGUCGCAAAUCUACAAUGGCACCACAUCUCGGCCACGAGGAGUUCUUCUCCUCCCUCGCCGACCUCCUGUCCAAGACCUCCCAGAAAGCCCGAGGCUCCGUCUUCCUCACCCAGAAGCCUCUUAUUGACACUACCGCAUCGUCAGAGAACGCCUCCUCAUCGCGGCCAUCUAUCCUCAUCCGAGCAACAGACGGCAACACCAACGCUCCCAACCCGAAGAACAACAAGGUCGAGAAGAAGAAGACCGUCUCGAAAGUGAAGCUGUCGACGAUAGUGGCGCCGGAGGACCUCGAGGCCUUCUAUACCCGCUAUGCAGAGGUCUGCAAGGCGGGGAUGACGGGAUUGAAGAAGAGAGAUCGUAAGAAGGGCAAGGCUAAGGCGAAGGGCAGCGCGAAGGCUGCUAAGGCUUAG